AUGGACAUUAGACCAGAAAAAGAGCAGCCCAUCGCGGCAGUGCUUCUUUCACGCGCCCACGAGCCGGACGAAGCAAGCCGGAUCCUGGCUGAGAAGAUCCAACAACGGCCGCUCUUCCUAACCCCGUCCUCGCCGCCGCCGUCCGACGCGCGCGCCGCGCGCCGCCGAGCCCAAGAAAAGAAAAAGCAGCAUCGCAAAAAGACGCUCAAGCCAAAGCCCCUCUCCGCGAACGAGCGCCGCCGACUCGGUCUUUACGACGUGCCACGCCAGGGCCAGAAGUACGCUCUCUUCGAACCGCUGCACCAGCUCUGGCUGGGUUACAUCCUGGAAAUCUUGGGAGGCGAGGUGUAUACCGGAGGUGAAGGCGCUGCGGCCAAACUGGCGAGCGCAGAUUUCCAUGGCGCUUUGGUCGAGGUGGUGCGCAGCAGGUGUGUGAGUCGCGUGGGGAUCAAGGGGAUUGUGGUGAAGGAUUCCAAGUUUGCGUUUGAGGUUGUCACGAGGCGGAAUCAAUUGAAGCUGGUGCCCAAGGAGGGGACUGUGUUUCAGUUUGAGGUGCCGGUGCCGGUUAAGACGGCGGGUGACGGGGGGGAAGAGGGUUCGGAGGAGCAGACGUCCAGCAUGGUGUUCAGGAUCCACGGGGAACAAUUCCAGUUUCGGUCGGCUGAUCGCGCGUCGAGGAAGUUCAGGUCGCACUUUUCCAAGAUAUUGUGA